AUGCCCAUUCUUUCACUAGAGGGUGUGAUCGACGAAGCUUCUGCCAGGACCACAUCAGAGGCUCGACGGGCACCGUCCGAGGCCCGGGGCGACCUUUUUCCCUGGCACACGGGCGUCCGCUCUCCCAAAUGGUUGGUCCUUCACAUCCCACCGCCUACAACCUCCAGUACCGCUUCUCCUGGCACCGCAAUCUCAUCUUUAUCCAACUGCGGCCAACAGUUGACCAUCACUGACUUGAACCAGGCUCCUCGCCAUGGGCAACCAGACUUCCAUACCUUCUCAAGACCUCCACUACUUCCUCACCAGCUCUCUCAAUCCCGUGCGAGCUUAAUUUCUCCCACUCCGUCUGUCGAGGCAGAUGAUGAGCGGGACUCAUCUUCGGACGACUCCGACUCCGCCAUGGACGACCUCGACGAUCCAAGAGAUGACAGUACAUAUGCGGACCAGGACACGAGGCCUACCAGCCGAAAGGAGCUAUGGGGCUGGUACUCAUAUGGCUGGGCUGCCGAGGUCUUUGCCAUCUGUGCGAUGGGCUCAUUCUUGCCCAUCACCCUCGAGCAACUAGCCAGAGAUCAAGGUGUGCUCUUCAGUGACAAGACCACUCCCUGUCAUGCUGGUUGGCAGACUGGUACUCCCAACUCAACCACACCGACCGGUCCCAAACAUGGCCACAACGAGCUUCCUUCCUGCGUCAUCUACUUCCUGGGAGCCGAGAUCAACACGGCUAGCUUUGCCAUGUACACCUUCUCCAUCAGUGUCCUCGUUCAAGCUCUCCUCAUCAUUUCCAUGUCUGGUGCCGCCGACCACGGUCGAUUUCGAAAGACUUUCCUCCUGGCCUUUGCCUUCCUCGGGGCAACCGCCACUAUUCUCUUUAUAGGAGUUGUUCCAAAGGUUUAUCUGCUGGGGGCUCUUCUUGCCAUCAUCUCCAACACUUGCUUUGGUGCCUCAUUCGUCCUCCUCAACUCCUUCCUGCCACUUCUCGUGCGCCACCACCCUACCAUCCUUCAGACCCAUGGUAAUAGCCACCGGGAUUCUGCAGAUCUGGGGCCGUUGGAGGAAGAUGAGCGAUACAUUGAUCGAGAUAACCAUCAGCUGUCCUCGCCAGAUGCUCAUCUUCUCCCUCGCCAUGGUUCAGAUGGCCAGUCACUCUCUCAGGACUCCGUGCUCACCAUUUCACCUGAGCUCAAGCUCUCCACCAGAAUUUCGUCGAAUGGCAUUGGAAUCGGAUAUAUUGCAGGUCUGUUGGUGCAGAUCUUCGCCAUAUUCUUGGUCGUUGCCACUGGAUCUACCACGUUCUCGCUACGCUUGGUCUUAAUGGUGGUGGGCAUUUGGUGGUUCGUAUUCAGCAUUCCAGCCGCAAUGUGGCUUCGUCCACGGCCGGGUCCUCCAUUGCCCGCUGCUCUGACGGGGCAACGUGCAUGGCUGGCAUACAUCAUAUAUGCCUGGAAGGCGCUCUUCAAGACAAUUGGGCAUGCUCGCAAGCUGAAAGAUAUGUUUAUCUUCUUGUGUGCGUGGUUCCUCCUCAGCGACAGCAUCGCGACAGUGAGCGGCACGGCGGUCUUGUUCGCCAAAACAUCACUUGGUAUGAAAACGGAGGCACUCGGGUUGAUCAAUGUCAUCGCCACGGUAGCCGGUGUUCUCGGUGCAUUCUACUGGAGUUUCUUGUCUCGAUUCUUCAAUCUGCGGGCGUCUCAGACAAUCGUCGCAUGCAUUUGCUUGUUCGAGAUCAUUCCGUUGUACGGGCUAUUGGGAUUUAUCCCAGCCAUCAAGCGCUACGGAGUCUUUGGUUUGCAACAGCCUUGGGAAAUGUACCCCCUUGGUGCGAUCUACGGCUUUGUUCUCGGUGGCCUGUCAUCUUACUGCCGAGCAUUCUUUGGUGAGCUGAUCCCGCCUGGAUUUGAGGCGUCUUUCUACGCACUGUAUGCUAUUACCGACAAAGGCUCGAGUAUUUUUGGACCGGCCGUGGUCGGCGCAAUCACGGACCGAUAUGGUGAAAUCCGACCCGCUUUUGUGUUUUUGGCAGUCCUGAUAUUCUUGCCAUUGCCCUUGAUGAUGUUGGUGGAUGUUGAUCGCGGCAGGGCAGACGCACGUAGUAUGGCAUUGGAGUUGGAAGGUCAUCGUAAAGGGAAUGGUGGGGGUCAAGGAUAUACCAGUAUCCCGACCAUCGUGCUGUCAGAGGAAGAAGAUUGA